UCCUGCGGCUUCGAUACCCUGGGCGUGGGCGUGGCCCCCGGCGCCGGCGCCACCUGGUUCUUCACCCUCAACUUCGGCUGCUCCUCUCCGGACGGCGCCUGCGCCUGCGGCGCCGUCACCUCCGAGCCCGCGGAGGGCCUGGAUGACGUCGCGCCCGCCCUGCCGGGCCCCGAUGACGUCAUCCCGCAGUCCGCCGCUCCCACCGAGACCAGCAUCGACGUGGCGGCUUUUGAGGCCGGCGACGCGGAGGACAGGUGCAGGGAUCCUGUCACGGCGGACUGCACGAACAGGAACGCGCCGGCGCCCGUGCGGGGGCAGUCCGCGCUGGACAAGGACGCGGCGUGCCCGACGUCGGGGCUCGUGGGGUCGGGACUAAGCAUGGCGGAGAUCGCCAACCAGAUUGCGACGUGCAUCAACGCCUACAGGGAGCUGCCCGAUGCUUUCCGCGACGACUUGCCGUGCGAAUAUUCCUUCAGGCAGGAGGUCGUGCAGCCACCAAGGACGUCAUUGGCGUUCGCCAGACAGUUUGGCGACGUCCCAAGCCAGCCACUUGACAUAUCAUCCACCAAGCACUCCAGGGACAUGGCGACCCAGAAUUUCUUCGCGCACGACAGCCUCGAUGGACGGAAGUUCUCCGACAGGAUAUUGGCGGAGGGCUGGAUGGGAUUUCCCAUCGGAGAGAACAUCGCCGCGGGAUUCCAGAACAUUCGAAGCACGGUGAUGGGAUGGGUGUGCUCCGCUGGACACCGCAAGAACCUCAUGUCCUGCGGCUACGACACCAUGGGCACGGGCGUGGCCUACAACCCGUCCUCCGACUUCAAGCUCUACUUCACCCAGAAUUUCGGCUGCACCGCGCCAGGCGGCGACUGCAAAUGCGGCCAGGUGGUGGCACCCCCCGCCCCGGCGGCCCCUACCUCCGUUCCCCCAGCCUCGCCACCUCCGGCUCCCUCUCCCGUGCCCGCCACCACGGCGGACGUCAACAGGCCGAACGCCCCGCGGCCCUUCGGGCCCCCGGACGCCGCCACCAUCCCGGGAUCCGUCCCCGGAUCCGGCCCGCCCGUCCCGGGAUCUGGCACCGAUUUCAUGGGCCCCUUCUUCUUCCUGCCGGACGCGCCGGCCUUCGGCUCCGGGCAGCCGCCCCCGGGGCCCCCGGGCCCGCCGGGGACCCCCUUCCGCUUCGUGACCGGCGGCGGUCCGCUGCCCCAGGGCGGGCCCGAGGGCCCGGCGCUGCCGCCCCUGGCCGGCUUCGACCCCACGGCGGGCUUCCCCCUGCCGGUGGACUUCGGUGGGUCUGGCGGAUUCGGUGCCGGAUUCAGCGGAUCCGGCGACGCCGCCAGUGGAUUCGGUGCCGGAUUCAGCAGCGGCCCAGGGAGCGGGUUCGCCGGAUUUACCUCUGGAUUUGGCAGGGGGUCCGGGAGCAGCCCGGGGGCCGGAUUUUCUGGUGGUUUCCGAACGGGAUUCGGGGGCGCCCCCGGAGGGGAUCUGGGAUUCGGUUUUGGCCUUCCGGCGUUCACGCAGUCCACGCCGGGCAACGGGACGAGCCGAAUCGCGGCGCUGUUCAACAUCAUCGCGGGCAACGCCACGCUCCUGCCGCUGUUGCAGGAGCCGGACAUCGCCGGCGUAUUCCACCGGCGGACCGACGUCGACGCGCAGGGCGGCUUCUUCAGCGGCUCCAAGGGCGACGCCGCCGACGACCGCGACGGCGAGGUUGUGGUGGGCGACCCCCUCGUCCUGCUGGACCCCGACGCCACGGAGCGCCCCGUGUGCCUCGGCAACGCCUCCAGCGUGGAGUGCAUGGGCGAAGCGCCGCCCGCGCCGGUGAAGGAGAUGGUGGACCCCGAGGUGGCGUGCCCCAGCACCAUGAUACCCGGAAGCAAUAUAUCGGGAGUGGAGUGGGCCAACCGGGUGGAGAUUUGCAUCAACGCCUACCGCGAGGAUCCGGACGCCUUUGCGGAGAUGCUCCCCUGCGCCUACAGCUUCCGGCAGGAAGUAAUGCUGCCGCGCCGACAGGCUCUGAAGACCGUCAACGCCACCAACAGGACCAGCCCGGAUCCCCUGGACAGGGCUGCAAUGGCCCACACGCUAGACUUGUCCUCGAGCGGCUUCAUGUUCGGCCACAUGGGCAGCGACGGACUGGGACUGGACGCUCGGCUGAAGCGCAACAACUUUUCGGGAUACCCCAUCGCAGAGAUCAUCGCGGGGCGGCACUACAGCGUGCGCGAAUUGGUGGGAGGAUUGCUAUGCUACCCAAGACACAGGGAUAUCGUCAUGUCCUGCGCGUACGACUCCAUGGGCGCCGGCCUGGCCAUCGACGAGUUCUCUCCCCUGGAUGUCUACCUCACUCUCAACUUCGGAUGCUCGGCGCCCGACGGCAACUGCCGGUGCAGCCACGCCGAGGAGACCCCGACGGGCGUGGGGUCAGAGACCCUGGCAGUGGGGCCCCAAGUUUGUGCCGCGUCGUCCGAAGUCGUCGAGAUGAGCGCCAGCGACAGUGCCGAAGGAAAUGGGACGAGUCCCGGAGCCGCCAUCCACGCCCUGGGCAUGACGGUGUUCGGAAAGCAAUGCGUGCCCACAAUCGCGGACAGCCAGGCGCUGGUGCCCAUCCUCAUCCAGUUCCCCAGUGCGGACGCCGAACUCCUGCCAUCCAUGCUGUCCGUCAAUCUCACAGACUUUAUCGGUGAGCCGAUGGAGCUGGUGGCGCCAAGCGGCAUCUUCGAAGCGCGGCCAGUGCGCGAGACCCAGAACUCGGCGUGGUCCGCGAAGCUCAGGCUUCCGCCCGGCUUCCUCGGCAUGGUCCAGGUGACGUUGCAGGCGGGAGAUGGCCCGGACGCGCAGCCCUUUGAUGACGUCACGCUCACGUUCCAGAGGAAGGCCGAGGCAGAGGUCAUGGCCAGGGUGGCGGCCAUCCUUGGGGGCGGCGACGAGUGCCCCUGA